UCAUCUAGAAAUGUUGCCAACACUGCUUUGCGCAGUGCUAAAAGAGAUUAUUAUGCAAACAAAUUCACAAAUAAUAAACAGAAUCCUAAAUAUGCUUCGAGAACAAUAAACGAUAUAUUAGGUCGAAACAGAAAACAGACUACGAUUAAUGAAAUUAAACUUCCAGGUAAAACUGUUACAUCGACCGACGAAUUAGUCGACAUUUUUAAUGAUCAUUUUAGUAAUAUUGGCCCAAAGCUUGCUGAGUCUAUUCUAAAUGACAAUGACGUUAGUUUUCGAGAUUUUAUUACUCAACAAAAAUCUAAGACAAAGAACAGUUUCUCAUUUCGACCA